GCGUCACGUCUCUGCCCUUCGGGGAACAGCCGACCUACACGGCGAGCAGAUUUUUCACAGGGAGGGGGAAGGUGGGGCAAAACGGGCCACGGCAGAGGCAGAUAACGAUCUAAAAUAAGCAGAAAGCAGGCCGGGCAGAGCCCGCGAAGAGCCUGGAUUGGGCAAGCCUUGCUCAGUCCCCGCCUUGGUCCUCCUACUUGCGUGAAGCGCCUGGGACUGGCUGUCAUUCUCUCCUUGGCUGGUAGCGGCUCGAGCCCUGGUGCGGUUGAACCCACGGUGGCGUCAUUUCAGACCCCUUCCUCCCCACAAUGCCUCUUUGUAGGGUCGCUUGGCAGACGUUAACCUCCCGCUUGGCCAGGACUGCGCCCCAACUUCGUGGACGCGUACCUUUCCGCCAGAUGUCAUCUGGAAGUGUUCCUGGAUCUUCUGGGGAGAAUUUGAUUUACGGGCUGUUUGUUGUUGGUGCUGCUGGUGCAGGUAUUUUUUAUGCUUACAAAGUGAUCCUUUCAGAUCAUGCCAGGUACAAUGAACGUAUUGAACAAAUUCAACAAAGAAAUACAGAAGAAUGGAAACCAAGGCCCUGGCCCCCUCCGUCCUUAGAAAGUGAUGAAACUGAAACAAAAGAAGUUACUGAUAUAAAGGAAGAGGCAAAAGAUGCAGCUGCAGAAGAGACUGCAGGAGUAAUUGCUGAUGAACCUCAAGUCCAGAGUGAAGAACAUGCAGAAUCUACAGAAUCGGAAAAGGGAGAAGAAUCACCUGUUGAGGAGGCAGCCUCUGGUGUGCCAGGAGGAGAGCAGGAUGUUUCUGCCAACUCAGAGGCAACCCAAGAUCAAGGUUAAUGUUAAUGGAAUUUCUGCUAACAGUUUUGUCUCCUACCACAGGAAGCAUGACUCUGCUCCCAGUAGAAUGCACAAUAUUCCAAAUGGAAUCAAGUCGCAUGAUAAAAGUUUAAUUUUCAUUAAAACGCUCUUGAGAUUUCACUUCAGCAGUAGUGAUAGCACUUCUUCAUCUCCUAGAGUUCCUAUCACCUAUGCAGGAGAGCGUUUAUAUUUGUCCAGAAGAAAAAGCAAGUAUUGUAUAAGUGAACCAGCCCCCACAAAUGAAUUAUACUAUUCCCCCAGCAUGGAAGACAGCUAAAAUAAUAUUUCAGUUCACCAGAAACAGAGCUGCUAAAAAAUCUGUAGUGUGUGGCUGCAUGUCCCCCUCCCUCACCUUUCUGAAGGGGAAAAAAAUCCCCUCAUUUGGCAUUCACAUUUAUUUUGUGGAUGAAGAAGAGGAGUAACAUUUUUUAAAAAACAAAAUAUAUAUCUUCAAAAUGUAUCAUUCAGUUUCUUUCAGACUACCUAUUACCCAAUACAUGCUUUGGAAAUGGAUGUGGAAAUAGUUUGAGACAGCUCACCCCCAGAAAAAAAAUAGAAAAAGCCACGUCAAAUUAAUCUUAGUGGCUGUAAUCCAGCAAGUGACUAAAUGUAAACACAGCUUAAUCUAUAUUAUAUUGUUUGCUAAGGGUCAUCCUCUGGUUAGGUUUUUCAUCUUCCAUUACUGACUGUGGAAGUUGGCACUUUAUAGCAGUCAAUUAUCAACAAUGUUUUUUCAAGAUUAAGCUAAUAAAUAAGCAAAACCUAGAUCUUCUACUUUAUUAAGAAGUCCCCAGCAUGUUACUCUCUGAUCUGUAAUCUAAAUUCUUUUUGAUAUUAAGUAAACUGCAACAUAAAUUGAUUUCCUAGUACCUGCAACAUUUCAUUUUAAAAGAUAUUACCUUCAUGCACUUUCCAAGAAAAGUAUCACUUGCCUACUUUUAUUUUAAGCUUUAAUAAAAUAUUUCCAAUCAGGUGUUUUCUUUUUUGCUUUCUGUAUUGAUGUCUACUGACUCCCCCCCCCCCCCCGCGCGCAGAAGGCUUAGAAGUAUUGUGAAGAGAAAAUAAGGCUUUUGAUUCAUGACAUAAUUUUUAUUCAAAACAAAGGGCUUGGAAAGGUUUUUUUUUAAUAAAACAAAACUAAAUUUACAGGCACUAUUUUUUUUUAAUAAAACCCCAAGUUACUCCUUCAACAGUUGAAAUUUGAAACAGUUGUUUCAGAUAAGAGUUUCAUUGAAUUUAGAAUCUCAGGAAAAGUUUUGUCAUAGUCAUGGUACUUGAAAUACUGAUAACUGAAGAUGCCCAAGAUGGAAAUUGGUUCCUUAUUAAAAACGUGGAUUCUGUCAUUGCCUUUUCCUUUCUCCAUGAAAACUUCAGUGUUCACACAAAGCUCCUAGACAAACAAAGUCUUCCUACUUAAUGCAGUCUCCUGAGAUAGUUUUCUGUACACAAUAGGAAUUGUACACAGUGCUGUCUCAGAUGCUAUGGUGAGUAGGGAAUGAGGAAAUCCUUGGGAACUUGAGCUUUUAUGUGUACAAAUAACUGCUGAAUCAGGAUUUUCAUCUUGUUUGGGCUUUUGUAUUAAAGUAAUACAACUAAAAUGUCAGUGUAAAUUGUAGUGCCUAUUGUAGUGCUUAAAAUACACUUGCUAGCAUAAACAUUGGUUGUGUUUGUAACACUGCUAAUGUAUAAGGAUGAAAUUAUCAGAUUGUAAACUUUUUUCCACACAUGAGCUAUUCCCAUAAAUUCAAAAAUGUUAUUUUAGUAAAUUUGAUAGAAAUAAAUUUGUUUUAUUCCCUAUGCAGUUAAAUACAGGUAGUCACUUAAGUACUUCUUAGCUUAUCUUAAGAGGGGUUGAAUAUUAAUUUAAGUGUGUAUAGCUGGAACAACAGUGUGUUAACCCAGUAAAUAUUGCACUGAAAUAUUUUAUAGGAAUGGAACUGAAGAUUCCUAUUCUAAUUGCAGCAAUGGAAUAAUUAUUUUUGCAUACAUAGAAAUGGAACUGAUUAGUUUCUUGCCUACCUCUUACUAAAUAAAGGGUCUUAUUUUAGAGCCUG